GUGUGACUAGCUCCUGUCGAGUCGUAAGCUCGUAAGUUGUGCUUUACUAUUGCAAGAUUUUUUGUCAUUUUGCUGAAAAAGUGAGGCUUAAAAACGCUUUUCUUAUAAUCGAUGACAAUGGGAUCAUUAUGUGUGCUGAGAAGAUUAAGAAAUGUCUCAUUUUCUAUAAGAAAAUGUUUAUUACAAAGUGGUUCGUCGUCACACACGGAAAAGUUUAGCAGCUCAAGCUGUUGGAAUCACGCCCUCUCGCGGCAGGAUGUGUCAUCUCCUUGUCCACCAGUUUUGAAGAAGUUUCAUUCUUCUUCAAGAAAAUAUCAAGAAGGAUGCAGAACUUCUGCAGAACCCCCACUCCUGAAACUCGAUCAACUAUCAAACCAUCUUGAGAUAAGCGAUGCCGAAACUGAAGACAUUUUUACCAAAGACUUUGAACUUUGCAACGAGUUUGUUUCUGAAGAGGAGGGGCGUGUCAUCUUUGAUGAAGUGGAAGACUAUUUGGAGGAUGCCGAGUAUCAAUAUGCCCAUUGGGAUAAUGCAAUCCACGGCUACAGAGAAACUGAGAAAUCAAGAUGGUCAGAGAAGAGCCAGGCUAUCCUACACCGUAUUAGACUAAAGGCGUUUCCUUCUGGAGAGCACCAGCUGUCCCUUGUUCAUGUACUCGAUCUAGCCAAGGAUGGAUAUAUUAAACCCCAUGUAGACAGUGUAAAGUUCUGUGGCACCACCAUAGUAGGCCUUAGCCUGCUAUCUCCUGCAGUCAUGAGACUGACCAAGCAAGAUGACCCCCAGAGCUGGGUCAAUGUGGUUCUCCAGCCUGGAUCACUCUAUAUCAUGAGAAAUAGAGUUCGAUACGAGUUCACACAUGAGAUUUUGAAGGACAGCGACUCACUCUUUAAAGGUCGGAGGUUACAGCGAGACAGACGAAUCUCCGUCAUGUGCAGGAAUGAGCCGGCUUGAAAUGACCGAGGAGUUUUUUUGUGUUUAAAGAUGAUAUUACAUGAAGGACGCCGAGAUCUAUAUUUUAGAAACUUGUUUGCAGAGCACAUCACUGACAGUUUUCUCAAUCAGAUGUGAUUUGUGCAUUUGGAAAUAAGGAACAGUUGUGAUUCUUAAUGUAUACUCGUAGCUGUCAAAGUCCUGCAGGGGGAUGAGAUGCAGACGCCUUAUACAGCGAGGGCGAUAGGAGACUUUCUGGGAUGAUAGGUGGCAGCAAACCGGGUAAAGCCAUUGUUGUUAGAAUUAUGCGCAUGUUCGGAACAACGUAAACAAUGGUAAUUUACCCGGUAGGUCUGCUGCCACCUUGCGGUGGAAAGUCUCCCAUUGCAUCUAUGCAUCCUGGAAACACCAUGCCUUGGUGUCCUUGGUGAAAUAUUUCAAUAGAAAGUAACAAUUUCCUCUUAGGGUGCCCUUUACCAAGGAGAAACUGCCUUGGUGCCCUUGCCCUUACAAACAUGAAGCAUGCAAUAGUGACCACUGCCUUUAAUGAGAUCAUUAAGUUUGUAUGGAAGUAACUGAAUACUGUUUUCAUUUAUUGUAAUGCAAAUUCUUCAAGAAGAACUUGCAUUUGAUGUCUUAAAAUUAAACAUUAAAACAAACGCUUUGACAGAGUGGCCAAUGCAGCAAUGGAGACGUCACUGAGUCUUAUUUCAUUGAGAAUAAAAUUUAGAAUUGUCAUGAUUAUAAAUGUGUAUAAGGCUUAAUACCAUAAGACUUUUUUUUCAUAAUUAUGAGAUAAAUGAGUUAUAAUUAUGUGAACUAGCUAUAUUUAAAAUUUAUUUCAUUUUCAUUAAUAAUAAUUCUUAUGACUUUUAGCAAAUAACUAUGAGAUAUCUUUAGAAGUCAUAAUGAGAAAAAUAAAUUCUUUCACAGUACCACCUAUUACUCCUUUUCAAAAUCAUGUAGAACAAAAACAAAACUGGCGGGAUUGAAAUUGUUAAAUUUUU